AUGUCUCGCGCCGCCACCCCUCCCACCCCCGGUUCGCCCAAGACCGACCGACCCCAGCUGAUCCUCUGCGCCGACGGCGGCGGGAGCAAGGUCCAAGUCGUCGUCCGCGCAGACGACGGCACAGAGGUCCGCGGCGUAGCUGGCCCUUGCAAUGUUCAAUCCAUCGGACACAUCACCGCUGCCGAUCGGAUUCUGGAGGCGACAUACCGCGCCCUAGCCCUCCUCCCAGCUUCAUACCUCCCCGAAGGCUUCUCGGCGCCCGUUGGUGGCACAUCGGCUAUUCCUGUCGAUAUUCGUAUGCGUGUAGAAUCGCCCCCUCCCAGCGGAUACAAUACGCCGCGCGCUAAAUGGGCGUCAAUGACCGAACCGUUAUUCCAGCACUGCUGGAUUGCGCUGGCGGGUAUGACUACGCCAUCGGACGCGACGGCCUUCAUCCCCUUUGUGUCCAAGGUCCUGUGUACGGCGCCAGAGCGUAUUUCCAUGACCAACGACGUCAACCUCUUAGCUGCGCCGGCUCUCCAUCUCUCGGGAAUCGAGCACUGUGUAGCGAUCGUCUGUGGAACCGGUACGAUUGGACGCACGAUCCGUGUCCAAGAACACGCGGCAAAGCUGCCCCCCUCACCGCCGAUUGAUGGGAUGCCAGAGAAGAAGAGACGCGGUCUCCCCCUCGAAGACGUGGGUGUAUCGAGGGGUUGGGGAUACAUGCUCUGUGACGAGGGUUCAGCUUUCUGGAUUGGUCGCCUGGCCAUUCGUGAACUCCUCAGCCAGUGGGACAGGGAGCAGUGCUCUGGCAUCUACUCUACCUCUACUCCGCCGCGCCUGCCGCUCCACAACGACCUUUUGGAGUACUUUGAAGUAGAGGAGCCGACCGAACUCAUCGGCAUCGUCGCCCUCAUGACCGACUUUGUUGAGGGCCUCAGUAUCGGCGAAGCCAACUCGAAGCGUAACGCCUACCUGGCCGGCGCUGCCCGCCAUGUCUUCAAGUGGGCGUUCCCCAACGACUCGGGAGUAUCUCUCGACUCGGACCUGGCGGUCAAGUCGCAUGAACACGCCCUCGCAAUCGCAAAGGCCGCUAUUGCCCCCAUGGUCAAGCUGGUCAUUGAGUGCCUUGGCGACGGGACGAUCGUCCACCCCAACACGACGGCAGUGACGCUCGGCGGUGGACUCAUGAACUCGACGGGAUACCGCCACCUGCUGCUUCAAGGCCUCAAGGAGCGCGGCGUUGUUUUCCGUGACGUCAUGCUCGUUGAUGACGCCGCUGGCGAGGGCGCCAAGGCGCUUGCUGCCGUGACCUUUUCGUGA